CCAGCCACCGCAACCUUUCUUCUUUUUCACCACCACCACCACCAACUUUUAAUCACACAACAUGUCCGGCCGAGGAAAGGGUGGCAAGGGUCUCGGAAAGGGUGGUGCUAAGCGUCACCGCAAGAUCCUUCGUGACAACAUUCAGGGUAUCACCAAGCCCGCUAUUCGUCGUCUUGCCCGCCGAGGUGGUGUCAAGCGUAUCUCUGGUCUCAUCUACGAAGAGACCCGUGGUGUCCUCAAGAUCUUCCUUGAAAACGUCAUCCGCGACUCUGUGACAUACACGGAGCACGCCAAGCGCAAGACUGUGACAGCACUCGACGUCGUCUACGCCCUCAAGCGAUCAGGGCGAACCCUCUACGGUUUCGGCGCAUAGAUUCCUUGUCACUUGUAUCAUUAUUUGCUGUCAUCACAUUGUACUAGUACUGUAUUUUUAGUAUUGCAUUUUUUCUUUUUCUCCCUGAAUCUUCCGGGGUCC